CGGCCAGCAGCCUGCACCUCACAGGGGAUUCCUGUGCCCAUGGGACCUGAGCCCUCCCUUGUUGGAAUCUUCAACACUUGAACCUCAGGAUACCAGACAAAAAGGGGCCUGCAAUGAUCUGACCAAGUGGCUUUCAAACUGUGUUCCCUGGAGCCUUAGAGGUACUCUCCCUUCCUUUAAUCUGAGCACCCCCUUUUAGUUCAUAGGAGUUCCACUAUAAUAUUUUAUUUAAAGAAUAAAGCUUUAAAAAUAUGUUCAAAAGCAUCUGACUUAGCCUACAUGGGCAUACUGGGAUUUCCUGUGGCAGAACGGUCAGAUCUGAGUUCAAGUCCUGGCGCCCUUCCUUCCUACCUCCGACCUUGGGCAAGUCACUGAUCCUCUGCACCGUCCUCUCCCCACCUGCAAAAUGGAUUGCAUGAGGACCAAGUGAGGUAACCUGUUAAAUUCCCUGGCAUAGGGUAACUACCCAGAAGGUAAUGAUGAUGGGCGCAGAGAGGGACAGUAACUUGCCUGAAGAUGCACAGCACUCUCUCUCGCAUACCCAGUCAUUCGUGCCUUCAUUGAUUCACCAGGUGCCCACUCCAUGUGCAGUGGUACACUGGGGACCUCAGAUGGACACUGCUAUGGAAGCCAACCUGGGUGUCGCUGGCCUCAGACCCCGCACGGAGCUUGACGACGAGGACUACUACCCCCAGGGUGUCUGGGACACGGUCUUCCUGGUGGCCCUGCUGCUCCUGGGGCUGCCAGCCAAUGGGCUCAUGGCAUGGUUGGCUGGCUCACAGGCCCGGCAGGGAGCGGGCACGCGGCUGGCUCUACUCCUGCUCAGCCUGGCUCUCUCUGACUUUUUGUUCCUGGCGGCAGCAGCCUUCCAGAUCAUGGAGAUCCAGCAUGGAGGGCACUGGCCGCUGGGGACGGCAGCCUGCCGCUUCUACUACUUCCUGUGGGCAGUGUCCUACUCCUCUGGCCUCUUCCUGCUGGCAGCCCUCAGCCUGGACCGCUGCCUGCUUGCACUCUGCCCACGCUGGUACCCUGGGCACCGCCCAAUCCGCCUGCCCCUCUGGAUCUGCGCCGGGGUCUGGGUACUGGCCACACUGUUCAGUGUCCCCUGGCUAGUCUUCCCCGAGGCCGUUGUCUGGUGGUACGACCUGGUCAUCUGCCUGGACUUCUGGGACAGUGAAGAGCUGCCACUGAGGAUGCUGGAGAUCCUGGGGAGCUUCCUGCCUUUCCUCCUGCUGCUCGUCUGCCACGUGCUCACCCAAGCCGCCACCUGCAGGACCUGCUGCCGCCGCCAGCCGAGGCCCACAGCCUGCCGUGGCUUUGCCCGUGUGGCCAAGACCAUCUUGUCAGCCUACGUGGUCCUACGGCUGCCCUACCAGCUGGCACAGCUGCUGUACCUGGCCUUCCUGUGGGACAUCUACCCGGGCUACCUGCUCUGGGAGGCACUGGUCUACUCUGACUACCUGAUCCUGCUCAACAGCUGCCUCAGUCCCUUCCUCUGCCUCCUGGCCAGUGCUGACCUCCGGGCCCUGGUGCACACAAUGCUCUCCUCCUUUGCAGCAGCACUCUGUGAGGAGCGGCCAGGCAGCUUCACGCCGGCAGAGCUACAAACCCAGGUAGCCUCUGCGGGGCAGACUCUGCCAGAGCCAACUGCUGAGACCCAGCCACAGGCGCACCCCAUGGCCCAGCCAGCUGCAAAUCCCAUGGCCCAGCCAGCUGCAAACCCCACAGCCCAGCCAUGGUUGGAUCCUGUGGCCCAGCCACAGGCGAACCCCACAGACCAGCCACAGGCAAACCUCAUGGCACAGCCAGCUGCAAACCCCACAUCCCAGCCACUGUUGGAUACCGUGGCCCAGCCACAUCCUGCCAGGCCCCCUGGACUGGCCUGGGACUCCCUGCACAUUCCUGUGGGCACCACACAUUCCCUGGGACUCAGCACUGGGCCCUAG